AUGCGAGCAGUAACUCCUGUACCUUGCUUGCUCACUCGCCUUAUCACAGAAUCGAAGAAGCGAACUGUUUCAGAUCUGGGUGGCGAACCCGAGAGCAGUGGCUCCAUGACAAGUUCUCGAAAAGUAGCCAAGAUACACCCAUUCUUUACCAAACCUAGCGUUAGCUCUACGGUGUCCUCAUUCCAAUGGCUGAAACCUGCUCUAGGCUCUAAGCGCGCGUGUCUACACGGAAUCAAUCUGAUACCACAAAGCACACCGAAAGUAGCUGCAUUCGACCUCGAUGGAACAGUAAUAAAGUCAAACCACAAAGGUCAAAGCAAGGAAGCUUUAUUGCACUGGGAGUGGUGGAGAGCCAGUGUGCCUGUGAAGUUGGAGGAAUUACAUCAAAAUGGAUACUCAAUCAUAUUGAUAUCUAAUCAAGCAUUAAAGCAACAACAUCUGGAGGGCUGGAAGAAGAAGAUUCCUCUCAUCUCUGCCGCUCUUCCCAGUGUGCCUUUUCGAAUAUUAGCUGCGUCUGCAAAAGAUGGCUUUCGCAAGCCUAUGCCAGGGAUGUGGGAUGAGCUCGAACGUAUUUUUGCAGAAGAUGGUAUUCAGAUAGAUAAUAAUGCUUCAUUCUUUGUUGGAGAUGCUGCGGGUCGUACGAAUGACUUUGCAUCGACUGACAGGAAAUGGGCCAUUAACAUUGGUAUUCCGUUUUAUACCCCAGAAGAAUAUUUUCUGCAACUCCCCUCAGCGCCGUAUAUCCUUCCUGGAUUCCAUGUUUCUAGUCUCCCAAAGUUAUCAUUACUUGACCCUCCUACGGCACGAAUCAUUCCUGAUGCCGCAGGGACAGAGCUUGUCUUAUUUUCGGGCUUCCCAUGCCUUGGAAAAUCGACCUUUUUCCGGAGACAUUUUGCGCCUGCUGGGUACACUCACAUUAAUCAAGAUACAUUGGGGAGUCGUUCCAAAUGCAUGAAAGCAGCUGAAGUAGCACUCGAAGCUGGUACAAGCUGUGUAGUCGACAAUACCAAUAGAGAUAUUCCAACUAGAAAACAUUAUUUGGAUUUUGCAAGGAAACUCCACAUUCCUGUUCGAUGUAUCGAGUUCGUUGGGUCGAUGGACCUGGCAUGGCACAAUAACCUCUACCGUGCAUAUGUUCAUCCUUCAAUAGAGUCGAGACGCGACAUAAUCCCAUACGUUGCUUUUAUAGGCUUUAAGAAUCACUAUGAGGAGCCCCGACUGACAGAGGGCUUUUCAGAAAUAAUUAAGGUCAAUUGGGUGUUCGAAGGUUCGGAAGAAGAACGAAAGAGGUGGAGUAUGUGGCUUCAGAUUGACGGGAAAUGA